UUCGUUGUUCGGCAGCUGCAAACUGGAAAGUCCCUGACAGCCAGAGAGGCUUCAGACAGGAAGACUGCGAUGAGGUUUGUUCAUUUACAUGAAGGAUAUUAAUAUUGUCUUCGUUUCGCUACUUCGGCGGAUAAAAAAAAUCUGUGUGUUUGGGAUUUUUUUUCGAGUAACGUUAGAUGCUCUUUUACAAGAGCUAUCUUAUUUCUCUGUUCGAGCUAGCUAGCUAGUUCUUUGUGUGGCUAACGUUAGCUGCUAGCUGAGGGAUGUUUUGUUGUUGUUAAAGCCCUCCCGUCGUCUGGGAGAGGAGACUCAUCAGCUGUGCAUGGGGACACGCCUUCUCUUCUGCUGACAUUACGUUAUCUGUGAGAUUGGCCCGUGAAAUCCCGCUGAGUAGCGUUAGUAAAGCGACACCGAGAUAGGGGAGAGUUUAACCGAAGGAAGGAGAUGGGAAACUGUCUGAAGUCCCCAACCUCGGAUGACAUUUCUUUGCUACAUGAAUCUCAGUCGGAUCGUGCCAGCUACGGAGACGGUGCUGACCCAGACCUGGAGCCACCGCCCCCUUACCAGGAGCAGAUCCAUGUGCCUAUCUACCACCCAACACCCAGCCAAGCACGACUGGCCACUCAGCUGACAGAGGAGGAGCAGGUUCGCAUCGCACAGCGAAUCGGACUCAUCCAACACCUCCCGAAGGGCGUGUACGACCCGGGGCGGGAUGGCUCUGAGAAGAAGAUCAGAGAGUGCGUCAUCUGUAUGAUGGACUUUGUGUACGGAGACCCCAUUCGGUUCCUGCCCUGCAUGCACAUCUAUCACAUGGACUGUAUAGACGACUGGCUGAUGAGAUCCUUCACCUGCCCCUCCUGCAUGGAGCCUGUGGACGCCGCGCUGCUUUCUUCCUACGAGACCAACUAACACACACACACACACACACACACACACACACACACACACACACACACACACACACAUGCACAAGUUACCCGGUUAGCCUGCUGGACAGGAUUAAAGGAAUGAACAGAGUGUUACUGUUAAGGACGAGCAGGAAGGAGCUGGAUCGUGGAGAGAAGUAAAAGACCGGUACAGACAAUGGGGGUUAUGAGGAUACAAGUGUAAAGGGAAGUCAAGGGGAGGGGAUUAUGGUUAGCUGAUAUGAUUAUAACACUUCCAGGAUUUGCUUUUUAUAUGCGUGAAUACACAAACAGCCGUUCACACCUUGCAGGAGGAAGGCAAUGUGACCACCAUCAUAAGGCUGCAGACUGAUGGACUGCUGAAGCCUGAUUGCUGUACUGUCACACUGCAGGACAAGAGGAAAGAAACACCCUUCAAAAGAUCUACCAGAUGCUUUGACAUGUCUCCAAGUAUGACUCUACACACACUGUUGCAGAGUCAUAUCUGCUGCAAAAACUGCUACCGAUGCAGAUAUGUAAUUUAAAGACUGCUAGAACUGCACAUCAGACUACGGACAUCAGAUAUAUUCUUCAGACACACCACAGGCCUUCACUGGACCACGGCACCCAGGCCCGUAGUUGUCUGUCUGUAUAGAUCUUUUAUCAGAAAAAUAAGAUUGGUCGUAGGAUUGAUUGAUCGACCCGUAGCUUUGUGAAAUUUGUUCUGUGUUUGUUUUGUCAGUCAGCAUAAGGGCUUUGUUGAACCAGUAUAACACAGAUAUGAUAAAGGUACAAUACAGUAUGUGUUUUUGUCACUAAUGUGAUAGAUAGCUGGUCGACUGUUGCUGUCAAGCUAUCGACCCCUCAUGACUUUCUCAGUCACAGUGAGAGCUCAGAUUAUUGGACAAAGCACUGCUAGACCAGUUAACAAACCAUUGAUACAAAUCAGUAGUUAUUUGCACUUCUUAUUUUAGACUUAUGACAAAAGUUGACCAUAUGCAUUUAGUAAUUAUGUAAAAGUGAAGUAUGUAAUUUUAAGGACAGAAUUAAAAACAUACACAAGGAUUGGGCUCAUUUAAUGUGUUUGCAAAUGUUAGGUAUCGCUUCAUUUAGCAUCCUGUCCUUUGGCAAACAUAAAACCAGACCAUUAAGUAAACACAACAGUUAAUGCCGGCAGGCGUUACCAUCAGGACACUAGUGAUGGAAAAGGUGGUUAUGAGUUGUGUGUCAGUAAAAAACUGAAGAUGGUCAUUUACCUAAUGUGGUCAGAAUCAGCCAUUAUACAUCGCUGACUAUGUGUUCCUAGUUUAGAAAGGUUAGGAUUCUAUCCAUUUUUUUUUUUAAUUUUCAAUCACUUUGAGGCCUCAAUCUAAAUGAAAAUCCUCGCUUUAUUUUUAAAUGUCUAUUGCCCAAGUCCCCCAGGUUACUGUUAAAGCACAAAGAAAUAUUAAUUGUUCAGUUAUACUUUCCUUCUCCCUGCUAACUCUGGGACGCAGGUCAGUCGGCAACACUUUGAAUUAUGCAGGAAAUGGUAAGCUUCCCCUGCAUACAUGCAUGAUACAGAUCCAACACAGUUUGAUAACAUGCCUUUAGUGGUCUGUGUGUGCGUGUGCGUGUGUGUUUGUACCUGCGUGUUUUAUUAGGUUUUAUGGCCUUUUGUGUAUGUUUGAGAAAGUUUGGGGGGUGGAGUUGGCACCUUAGUUUUUGCACAGUAUGGUAAUCUAUGUAACUCUACAUUGCCCUCCGUCAGUAAGGUCCUGCUAAAAUGUGGAGCAGUGGCGUCCAUUUAACUUCAAGAAAAGAGGGCGGGGAGGUGAUACAGGGACAGUUUAGACUGUGAAUGCUGCUGUAGAGCUGUCGUUGCACAUGCCAUGUUGCUACCACUUCCAUCUGUACUGCGGUACUUUUGGACAACCGUUUCACGUACAAAAGCCUUUUGGAAGUUUUUCCUUUGUUCCAUCUCAAUCUUAAUAAUCAACUUAAAGAGGAACACCAUUUAAAUUUAAGGUAGCAUAAGCAGCAAUUGUUGGUUGGUGUUUUUUAACACAUAGUCUGCACAGCCAGACUUACCUAUCUCCCCAGUGCUGUGUCAGCGCCGGAAUAUGGUCUGGCUACACUGCUUAUCUGCCGAGCUUCAUCCUGUUGCUGUGUGUGUUUGUGUUGGGUGGUCAAACAGACGCAAAGCCGCAUUAAUACACAGUUUGGACAAACAAGUUUGGACAUUUGCAUUAAUGAGAAAGUGUGUCCAAACUUUUGACUGCUUCUGUACGUGGAGCCCAAAGACUAUGGUUGAUGCCUGGAAAAGUUCCAAACACAGAAGAAUAAGAAGAAAAUACAAACAGGGUCUCCAAAGGGAAUACUUUUGUAUGAGUACACUUUUCUUUUUAGCAAAAUGCUGCUUAGUACACCUUUUAAGAAUAUGAAGAAUAUGUUAUUUCAAUGGUAAAUGUUUGUGAACAUGAGCUACUCUCUCUCAUAGCCAGAAACCAGAGAAGUAAGUCUCAAACUUCAGGUAUAAAGUCUGGACCUGCUUCAUAGACAACAAAUGCUUGUUUUCUUUUUGAUACCCUAACAAGCUUUAUUCUAUAGUGUUCUCAGUUCUGAACAGAAAAUGAAUCCAUGUGCUCUCAGUGUCACCUCAAACAUCUAUCCCAUUUCAUUGUCUAUGGAGCAGUCUUUUAUGACAUCACAAAUUUGAGUUUUAACACUAGUUUUUGGAUUUGGGAGAGAGUUGUUACUGUUUACUAAUAUUUUUGGGCUGUCUUAGACCAUAAGAAUAACACGUAUGAAUUUUCAAAAUGGGCUAGUUCCCCUUUAAGCCACGUCAGUAAUCAAAGGAACAGUUAGACCAAAUAAAAAAAGAAACCACAUAAUGAUUAAUAUGAAGACCAGCUCUCUUCCAAAGCUACAUGUUUGUGUAUUAGAGUGGCACUUUGUGGAGCUGCUUCAUUUAUGCUCUGUGGCAAAUUUGACACGUUUGAGUUCUUGCACAUGAAUAGAUUUCCAGCAACAUUAGUUCUGAGUUAGAAAUGUGCUCAUAUCCCCGGAAAUGACUCCUUAGUGUCUGUCAUUCGCUAACAAUUAACAGCUGCACAAAUGUUUCUUAUUCACGAGCCAGAAAGCGCUUUGGCUCUGUCUUUGACUCUCGGGAGAAAUCUAAAAAUGUCCACCUUUUUUACAGGAAUGAUAAAUGGGUACUGAUUUAGGGUGGAUUUUCUGCUUUUAAAUUCAGGAUUGAACAUUAAGGUUUGCUCAGAUGGGAAUAGGGUGCUGUAUGUUUGUGUAUGACUGCUUGUUAGACCUUUCCUUGUUUGUAAGCAUACAUAUACAUGUACAGGCAAGUAAUAAAUAGACAUUGCAACUGAAAA